AUGUGGUGGGCUCCAGACUUGCCACGUAGAGAAAGGUCUGCUCAAACGUCUAAGCCUCGAUCGAAGCCUUGAGAAGAAAGCAGCACCCAGAAGAGACACAGAGAGAGAGAGAGAGAGAGAGAAAAGAGAGAUGGAAGAGAUCAGGUCUUCGCCACCGCCAGCCGCCUCGAACACCAUGAGAAAACAAGAAACCUCGGCGACUUCACGCAUGAAGAAGGAUUGCCUUUGGUUCGCCGCUUCGAUGCAAGAGGGUUUUGGCUACGCCAAAGCCGGAUUCAUCGGCCUGAAGCAGACGAAGAAGUUGACGGCAAGGAACGAGAAGGAAGCCACCGAAGCCGACCUACUGGCUGCUAAGAUGCAGGUUGAAGCUGCUGACGCUGCCGAGGAAGCCAAGAAGAGACUUGACAAAACUAUGUAAUUAAUUCUACCCAACAGCAAUAUAAUGUUAAAAGUAUUAAUUUAAGCUUUUUGAUUAUCAAUAAUUUAACGUAUAUGGUAUCAGCUGAA